AUGAGUAUAUUAACUGAUCGUUCACAAGGAGGGACUAGUUUAAAUGAUGGACAGAUUGAAAUUAUGGUACAUCGUCGUUGUGUUAUGGAUGAUAGGUUGGGUGUUGAGGAAGUUUUGAAUGAACCGGGCGAAGAUGGAAAUGGUUUAAUUAUUCGUGCCAAACAUUGGCUACAUUUUGGACCUAAAACAGAAGAACCUUCUUUAAAUAGAAUAUUAGGCCUUCAACUCUUCCACGAACCAACACUCCUUUUUUCUAAAUUUUCUGGAGAAUUUAAUGAUUACAAUAAUAAAUAUUUAACUAAUUUUUCAGCUCUCAAUUUUGAUUUACCUCCAAAUAUUAAUUUACUUACAUUUAAACAUAUUGGGAAUAAACAAAUAUUAAUUCGUUUAGAGCAUAUAUUCCAAACAGGAGAAGAUGCUAAUUUAAGUAAUCCAAUUUAUUUAAAUUUACAGACAAUUUUUAAAAAUCUUCGAUUUCAAAAAAUAAAAGAAUUAAUGCUUGCUGGAAAUAUAGUAUUUAAUGAAGUUGUUGAUGCCGAGAAUGUUAAGUUAAAACCUAUGGAAAUUAGAACCUUUAUGCUUACUACAUAA